AUGGGAAGUCCGGUUGGACCAAUCAAGUUAAAUGUGGGAGAUAAAGUACGAGAUCAAUUCAUUGUGAGGAAAAAACUCGGUGAGGGAUCGUGUGGCACUAAGGCAGCGAUGAAAGUAGAGCCAUUUAUGAAGAGUAAAGACGAUGAGAUUCUCAAAAUGGAAGUGUUCGUUCUGAAAAAACUACAAAAGUCGAAGCACUGCUGCCGUUUGCUUCUUGCUGGUAAAAUGAACAAUUUUAGUUUUCUAAUAAUGUCGUUGUUGGGUAAAGAGCUAUCAGACAUAAGAAGGCGAUUACCAGAUCGAAAAAUGUCAGUGGCUAGUACACUUCGAAUUGGUGUGCAAUCUGUUGAGGCAAUUUACGACGUUCACACAAUUGGUUUUGUGCAUCGUGAUGUGAAGCCGACAAAUUUUGCGAUGGGACACAGCGAUCGCAAUAUGCUUUACAUAUUCGACUUCGGACUCGCUAGACAAAUAUUUUUUCCUGAUAAGAAGAAUAAACUCAAACUGAGGGAGCCGCGAAAAAAGGCAGGCAUUAUUUCAACUACUGCAUUAGGCUUCAGUAUGUUCUAUAUGAUGAUUGAACUGAUAACAGCAAAAUUACCAUGGAAAGGAAUGGCACGCAGAGAUAGUGGUCGCAUCAAAGAAACAGUCGCCGAUAAAGUACUUCUCUCAGGGUGUCCAUCGUGCUUCGCCGAGCUGAACGCUCAUCUUAAGAAGAUAACUUAUUACGAUACUCCAAAUUAUAAUCUGUUCAAAACGAAAUUCAUCGAUGAACUCUCUAAACUCAAAGUUAAAUUGAGUGAUCCAUUCGAAUGGAAUGUUCGAAAGACGAACUUCAAAGCCGAUCUUGGCAUAUCUGCAGAAAAGGAUGAAAAAGCUGAAAUUGAUAAGAUGGAGGACACAGAUACGGGUCGCAUAGUGGAUGAAUCAGUGGAAUCUGCGGCAUCCGGAAGUGAAUCUGAUUCUUUGGGAUUCGCAGCCGAAGAUACUCUCGAAAACGUUGAGGACGUCAAGAAAUGA